UGUAGCUAGCUGGUGUGAUUCCACUGACACAACUAUCUGCUGGUAGGAAGGGUGGGGGCUGCACGCCGCAGAAUUUCGGCAGGCUGGCUUUAAUCCGGAUAUAAGGCGUGGUCACCGUCGACAGCCCCCAGAGGAACUUUUUUAAAAAGCUUACGAUUUGAGUCUGGAGGCGGGCUCGGCGUUAAUUUUUUGUGUUUUUUUAAAGAAAAGGCGUCAGUGAGUCAUUCCUAUAGAUAAACUACAAGUUCCAGCACCCCUCACGGCAAGGCUGAGUGAGCAAACCAAACUUGAUUAACGACUGGACUCAAUCUGUAAUAGUGAUUGGCGGAUGGACCGGGACUGUUGUGUGUGUGGCUAAAAUAUCCGUCAAUCAAGGAAGAUAGGCGGGGUGCUGGUGCCAGCACUGUAAGUUGCACGGAGCUGUGGCUGUGGUGCGGGGUUUGCUCGGAACGCAUUUAAAGACGUGACGUGUGAGGCAUAUGUGUUCUACCCAGAGGAGAACUUCUCCAAGCGUGCAAGAAUGUUUCUUACAUCCAAAGAAGCCAAUUCUAUUCUGAAGCGGUUUCCAAGAGCAAAUGGUUUUCUAGAAGAGAUUCGGCAAGGCAGUAUUGAGCGGGAAUGUAUGGAGGAAAUUUGCGUCUAUGAAGAGGCAAGCGAAGUGUUUGAGGACAAAGAAAAAACGAUGGAGUUCUGGAAGGGAUAUAGUAGUAAUCUGUACACAACUCCCAGCAACAACUCUGGUCUGCGUGUAGAACGCACUGAUGCAAUCUAUGUUGUUGUCCCUCUCCUGGGUGUAGCACUGUUGAUUGUUAUUGCACUCUUUGUGAUCUGGAGGUGUCAGCUGCAAAAAGCAACUCGACGCCGGCCAACGUACUCUCAGAGCAGGUACCUGACAAGCCGUACGACACGAAGCCUCCCUCGGGUUUUAGUGCAUCGGGAGACAUCACAUGCACAGACAGACCCAUCUCAUCAUGAACAGGGUACAAGACCUACCUUAGAUCGCAGUGAGCCCAGUGGGCAGCCAUCAAAUAGAAAUUUGUACACACAGGAACAGUCCGCAUCUGUCUCUUCUAGACUGUCCAAUGCGACCCCGCCACCCUCAUAUGAAGAGGUUACUGGACAUGUUGAAAGCAGUGGGGAGGAGACAACUACGCCAUAUAGUGAUCCACCACCAAAAUAUGAAGAGAUUGUCAGAGUACACCCGGCUGUAUCACGCCAGACCACCACAAACAAAUAACUGGCUGGAGGUCUGGUGGAAAUUACUGAUUCAGUGAAGAUAGCAUGCUGGAGUAAGAGACCUUCUGCUUUGAGACAACUGUGUCUACCUGUUACUGCUUGGGCAAAAUUUACUUCCAGAAACUGCAUAAAAGUUCAGGUGGCCGAUUGACUUUGAGUAAAGCAGUUAAGUACAAUGAGGUCGGGAAAAUGUUGACUUUUUAAAAUCAAAAUUGGAUUGUACUAUAUAACAUUCUUGUUGAAUACCUUGCAGAGACUAUUCCAUUUUAUUAUGCAGGGUAAAAGAGGUGUUUAACCCACUAAAAACACACAACUGAAGCCAAACUAAAUUAAGUAGUCAGUAUCAGCAGUGUAACGUUUUGUGACUACUGUGGUGGCAAAUAACAACAUUGAUACGUAUGUGACCCUGUUUCUUUGUUAAUGCAGCACUGCCAGUUAUGUCACAUUUUUACUUUAUGCAAUAAGAGUAAAAGUUGUGGGAUUUCUAAAGAUGCAGUGGCCUUGCUUAGUACUUUGGGAUUUGCAAUGUACCUUUUUAAAAAAAAAAUGUUAAGCACAGAAGAGAAGGUAUGCCUUGUAAGCAGACUGCUGCCUCCUCAGUUUAUACUUGAAGUAAAUUUCAGGGAAUGGGACAAAGCUGUCACAUCAGGAUAUUUGCCAUUUCUGAAACUUGCUGCUGCCAUCAAAUUACAAGGUACCAGAACCCUCCUUUUACUCCCUUUCCCUCCCCACCAUGACCUGUCCCAAUAUCAGGUCAGGGGAAUUUUGACAAUGGUAGCUGUUCUCUCUGACCAGCUGUAUUUUGAAGUUCAGAAAAAGAAACAUGAGCUGUUUGAAAGCGCUUAACUUUUACAGUCUGUGAUGAAAGAGAGAGAGAGAUUUAUCAGUUUGCUAGGUACAAGAAUAUGUAUAAUUGCUGUGCUGUUUGGAAAGUAAUUUAGUAGUGAAUUGGAUGCCUAAAAUAUUAACAGUAAUUUUAUCAUAAGAGGAUACCAUCUCAAAUUUCUUUAGGCUGCAUUUUCUUUGAACUUAAACAAAAACUGAAAGUGCAGAUGUCUGCUUAUUAAGCAUUGAGGUAAUUGAGAUGGUUAAUUGCAUGGUUGAGAGAUAAUAUUGUUUUUCAAUACCAAUUCUAUACAACUUCUGGUUACUGAAGAUAGUAGAAAAAGCCCAUCUUCACUGUUUGGGAUGAUGCUCAAUUUUCCCAUUAAUUAUACUGGAAUUUUAAUUCAUUUUCGACUCAUUAAAGGUUUGACAAUUUUCAUAGUUUGGGCCAACAAUAUGUGUUGCUGUGGCCAAAUGGACUAUAUUUGAUGAAGGGUUGUUUCUGAUUAAUAUUGAUAUACUACAAUGUGUUUUGGUAAUUGGAUACAAUUGUUAAAUUUUGCCACUAGAUUACUUGAUUAGAUUUUAAUCAAUGCCAGGAAACUGUCUGUCAUUCAGGAUCAUAAUAACUCUUCCUAUUGAUUAGGAUUUUAUUAAAGCAGUGGAAUAGUUACAUGUUGACCAUCACCAUACAAUUGCCAUCCUUAAUGUUGCUCUACCACUGAGGGUCUCAACAUGUGUUUCUGAGCAUCCCUCUUAAUGAGAUCUGACUAAAUUUUGGAUUAGUUUUAAAUUGGAAGUUUGAUAUUGGUAACAAAAAAGUAAUAAGCACUUUUCUUUAAAAUUCUUUGUUUAAAUCCCUUCACAGCUUGCCACCCUACCUCUAUAGCUGAAAACCUACCAACCCUCCAAAUCCCUGUAUUUUCCACUUUGCUGACUUGAAUGUGUUAUCCUGUAUCUUUUGCCUGUCUGUCUACUCAUUCUUUCAAGCCACUGGCUAUGCACUUUUACUCAUCUAGAUCACAUAUUUUGAAAUUUUAUUUUUGCAUUUCUUCAUCACACUCUUUAAGGUCAUAAGUAGAAAUGAUUAUAAAAGCGGUAAAGCAUGGAAAACAGUCACUUUGGCUCACCACAUCGAUACCUACCAGUGGUACACAUCUUUAUCAAUCCCUUUUUCCCACAAAUGGCCAAAGGCUUUUAUGCCUUGGUGAUUGAAGUGUUUGGUUAAACACUUCUUAAGUGCUGUCAGCAAAUAUGCUUCCAACACGCUCUCUCUGGCCACUUAUAACUUCUCAAAAAAUGUGGAGACCUCCACACCUUCUGGAAUGGGCUGAUCACUGGCAAUGAGCAGUCACACCACAGAAGAGCCAGGUAAUGACUGCUUCCAGUUACUUACCCUUGCCAUUCAAUGCAUUACCAUUGUUGUGUCUUCCACUAAUAAGCAGGAUCUCAAAAAGAUCAACCACAUCAACACUGUGCCUCUGAGAUCAGAUCAGAGGCUGGAUAUCUUUCACUGUGUGACUCGCCUCCUGACAUCCCAAAGUCUUUCCACAAUUAGUGAGGAGUGUGAUAGAGAAUGCUCCGCUUGUCUAGAUGAAUGGACAUCCAAGAACAUUCAAGAAGUGUGACACCAUGUAGGAUGAAGCCUGCUUGAUACUUCAUUCUGUAUUCUAACCAUUCAUUGCAUCUACUGAUAGCACAUUGUGGCUACUGUGUUUCAUUGCAAACUCCUGCCUACUCUGACAUCACAUCUCAAACAUAUGACCUCUACCAACAAGACAGCAAAUGAAUGGAAUACCAAUAUUCCCCUUUGGUUAAUGGAAUUGCAAGGCCUCAGCACAAUUCCCCUAUUGGUCACAAGUCAUCCUGACUUGAAAAUGUAUCACUACUCACACUCAUUGCUGCUGGAAACCCUUUAUCGAGCAGCGCAGUCAGUGUACCUUAAUCUGAGAACAAUGGUUCAACAAGCUAGCAAACCACCAUCUUCUUAAGAGUAAUUAUGAUGGAAAAUAAAUACUGGCCAUGGCAACAGCAUCCACUUCCUGAAAAAAUGAAUAAAUAAAAAAAAACACUGGUAACUUUUCACUUGCUGCUUGGAGUCAUCAAACCAUACAGCACAGAAACAAGCCAUUUGGCUUACAAAUUCCACAUGGACUCAUCGUCAGCCUUCACAUUUGCCACUUGCAUCCCUGUCAAUUCCUAUGUGUCUUCUAUUACACAUACACUACAUACGUAAAUUAUAUUAGCCAAUUAAAUACCAACCAGCAUGUCUUUGAGCAUGGGAGGGGAGGUAGGCAAAGCACCAAGCAGAUACAGGGAGAACAUGGUUGGCAUCCAAGGUGAGGAUCAAACCUUUGGUUAAUGGAAUUGCAAGGCCUCAGCACAAACUGCUGUGCCAAUGUGCUACUCUAAUUAUGUUUUAAAUUGAAUUACAACUCUCUGAAGAAUCGUUUCUCCCUAAAUUGGUGCAAAAUAAAUGCAAGUUAUUGCGAUUGUGAGGGUUCACUCGUGGUGUACUUUAGAAGUUUAGUUUUAAUGGAUUUUUUUAAAUUUUGAGAUUGUUUUCUCAGAUUUAUCUUGCAUAGUGGAUUUGUGCUACAACUUGUAAUUGCCUUGUUUUAAAGUUUCCAAAAACAACAGCAUUCUUGUUGACUAGUGGGAGACAAUAAUUGUGGAAAAUUGAUGACUUUAUAUAUAAAAAUGCAAACCUUAAACAAUGUACUUUAUAUGCUCCAGCACUGAAUUUGAAUGCUAUUGUGGGCUGAGCUCUCUUUCUUUCCCAUUGCAUUCAUUAAAAAACUAAUAUUAAUUUGAAAAUAAAUCAGAAAUUAUUUCCUAAUGCUGUGUACAUGAAUGGAGUGUAUUCUACUAACACUAACUAUCCUGUUGGUCUGUGAUUACACCUGAGGCAAUUCCCUUUCAAAAAUGUGCAAUUCA